AGGGUCCUGGCGGGCAAGGCGGAGAAGCCCGGGGCAGGAUAGCGGUCCCGGGCUGCCGUGGAAAUUUCCAAGGACUUGGUGCGUCGCGGAGAGCGCGUCUGGGGGGUGCUUGGCGGUGCAGCAGCGCAGGAGGCGGGGAGAGGCGGCGAAGGGCGCAGGAGCAUCUCUCAGAAGGGGACGCCGCGGACCAGUUGUCUGGGAGGGAGCCGAGCCUCUCCCCGGACCCGCGCGGAGGGCGACAGUGAUGCUGCAGAACCGGCGGGAGCGACUCACCGCGGCCGCUCUCUGCGCUCUCGGAGACCCCAGCGCCCGCCUUCUGCAGGGGAAGAGACCAUGACCAGAGCUCGUGACUUGCCCCCCGGCCACUUCCCCUAGAAAGAAACCCUUGAAAAAGUUGCAUUUAAAAAAAUCCUUGCGCUGACCUUUGGGGCCGUGGGGGCCGAAGAAACGUGCGUGCGAGUGCAAACAAGAAAACGAAAGGUGUGUGUGCAUGGGGGGCCGGCGGUGGGGGGACCCUCCGCUGCCGCUUUGCCUGACGCUGUGCUGAGGCCGCCCCCGGGACCCCGGGGCUGCGAUGAGCCCCUGUAGACGGGCCCGACGACACACGUCCAGAGGGGCCAUGGCAGUACUAGCGUGGAAGUUCCCGCGGACCCGGCUACCGGUGGGAGCCAGUGCCCUUUGCGUCGUGGUCCUCUGUUGGCUCUACAUCUUCCCGGUCUACCGGCUGCCCAACGAGAAGGAGAUCGUACAAGGGGUGCUGCAACAGGGCACGGCGUGGAGAAGGAACCAGACGGCGGCGAGAGUCUUCAGGAAACAGAUGGAAGACUGCUGUGACCCCGCCCAUCUCUUUGCUAUGACUAAAAUGAAUUCCCCCAUGGGGAAGAGCAUGUGGUAUGAUGGGGAGUUUUUAUACUCAUUCACCAUUGACAAUUCAACUUAUUCUCUCUUCCCCCAGGCAACCCCAUUCCAGCUGCCCUUGAAGAAAUGCGCGGUGGUGGGAAAUGGUGGGAUUCUGAAGAAGAGUGGCUGUGGCCGUCAAAUAGAUGAAGCAAAUUUUGUCAUGCGAUGCAAUCUUCCUCCUUUGUCAAGUGAAUACACUAAAGAUGUUGGAUCCAAAAGUCAUUUAGUGACAGCUAACCCCAGCAUAAUUCGGCAAAGGUUUCAGAAUCUGCUGUGGUCCAGAAAGACAUUUGUGGACAACAUGAAGAUCUAUAACCACAGUUACAUCUACAUGCCUGCCUUUUCUAUGAAGACGGGAACAGAGCCAUCUCUCCGGGUUUAUUACACACUGUCAGAUGUUGGUGCCAAUCAGACAGUGCUCUUUGCCAACCCCAACUUUCUGCGUAGCAUUGGAAAGUUCUGGAAAAGUAGGGGAAUCCAUGCCAAGCGCCUGUCCACAGGACUCUUUCUGGUGAGUGCGGCUCUGGGUCUCUGUGAAGAGGUAGCUAUCUAUGGUUUCUGGCCCUUCUCUGUGAAUAUGCAUGAGCAGCCCAUCAGCCACCACUACUAUGAUAACGUCUUGCCCUUCUCUGGCUUCCAUGCCAUGCCAGAGGAAUUUCUCCAGCUCUGGUAUCUUCAUAAAAUCGGUGCACUGAGAAUGCAGCUAGACCCAUGUGAAGACACUUCACUCCAGCCCACUUCCUAGGGACCAUGGAAAAAGAAAGAACCAAGACAGGGUAUUUUUGUUAGGUUUUCUACAUGACUCCAAAAGGAAAUGGUCAAAUCAUUUCAUGGAUUCACAUGGGCCACUUGGAAAAACAAAACAAAACAAAAACAACUAUAAAAGCCCAAGAGAAACUCUACUUUGGAUGUUAGCUUGGAGGACAAAUAAGAAAUGAAACAUCCUCUGAAAUAUUUUGUAGCACAUUGUGGAUUUGCAACCAGUAACAUGCUGAUGAGAUGAUGUUGGUAAAGCACAUUCAGGUGGUUCAAAUCUAGAAGAUGCAGUUCACAAACAAGAUAGAACUCUGGUUGUUGAAGGUGAAGAAUUAAUCAAGGUAGAAUAAAGGAAAUGCCAGCGCAAAGUGUUACUGAUUACCAACACAAUAUGGCUUUAGGAAAAAAAACCUAUCUUAUAUCUUAGAACCAUAGGUUUUUAAAAAAUGAUUAUUUAUUUUUGCCCUAUUUAGGGGCAGUGAGUGGGUGAUGAGGUAGCUAAAAAAAAAAAAAAAAGAAUCCCUUACUGAGUAAUAAAGAUACAAAACACUACAGCUAAUUAUUGUGGUUUGUUGAACCAAGUCUUUGUUAACUCUAGUCUCCUUCCAUUUAAAAAAUGUUAAGAAUCGCUUCCUCCCCUUUUAUCAGGUCUACUUAGAUGAUGUGAAGCAUUGUUGAAUUUAGACUGUGUUGAUUCAUAGUCUGGAUAACAUGAGCCACGUUCCCUCUUUCUCAGAAUUGAGGGCAUAAACUCAAUUUUAGAUCUGCAUUAUUUAAGCCUGUUUGUAUUAUGUUAUUUUAGUGCAAAAAGACUGCAAAUGUGAGUGCAUUAUUUAUUUGCAAAUUGGCAUAACUGUCUUCAUAAUUUAGUGCUCAGAGAUAAAGCACAAUGAUGUUUUAGUCUGGAAACAGACUAGAAGGCACAUCCCUUUUCUAUCUACCAUGGUAUAUUCACUCCAAGAUACAUGCACACUAAUAAAACACAGACUCAUGUACACACACACACUCACACAUACACACAGUUAAACAAAGCUCAUUCCCAUGCAACUCCGAAGGCAGAACCCACAUGACUGAGUAUGGCAAAAAUCUGUAACCAUUGUUGAAGAGCUACGGGUGAGUGAACUACCCACUACCCACUACACCUUGAUUUAAGACAAGCCAGCUUAUUGGUUGCUGCUCGUAAUGCUCACACCAGCACGACCCCCAAAUGCUUACCCAAAAUGAGAAUUGUUUGACUCAUUCUGACUCUGCCUAAUAUCUCAUGAAUGAACCCUGUGUUGAGCAUGGUCACACACGCAUGGUUCAUACAAGUAAAGGGAUGUGAAUUCAUAGAUGUUGAUUCCCUUGGUAGUAGCAAGUAAGGCUACUUAGAAAGCUUUUUACAUAAGCUUUGACAAACUGCGAACAAACUCUACUGACAGAUUAUAAGCAGUUAAAUGUGUUUACAUGUGCAAGGAAAGUAAAGGAAACCUCUCACUGUCUUUGUGCUUUGGAAUGCCUUAAUCUAAAAGGAGACACUAGAAAUCACUAUUUUUAUUCUUUUAAAUGUUACCAAAAUGUAGGUAAAUUAUGUCAAAAAGUUCUGCUUCAUUUUUAAUGGUAGAAACUUAGUCUACCAUAUAAAUUAAAACAGUUGGCAGUUUUUGGUGGGUUCAUUUAAAAGACAUUGAGACAACAAAGCCCUUGGAAAAAUUCUGUAUCACCACCAGAAUAGGCAAUUUCUAAGUAAGAUUAAAUUUUGAGGUUAUUAUAGAAAUCAGCAGUUAAAAAAUGACUGGUUGACAUAACACAGAUUAAACUGAUGCUUGGAAAGCUAAGAAUUUGAGAGUACGGAUUCUGUACAGAACUGAUUUGUUAUUUUGAUCCUAUAUGGCAGCAAAAAUAUAAUGAGAAUGUACUAUGAGUGAGCUGUGUUAAAUACGCACUAGAUGUGAAACCCUAAACGUAUUUCCUUUUUAGAGCCAUUGUUAUUAUUUAAUAAUUACCUUAAAAAGGAAUACAUUUUUACUUAUACACUUCAUCAAAGAUGUAAAAGGGCUCAUGAAAAACAUGUGUCACACAAAUUAGUACUUUUACUGAUAAAGUUGUUAAAAUGUAACUAAAGAGCCCCAUUAAAGCCUGUGCCUCACAUUUCCACUGAAGCUGCUAUUUGGAAAUUUAACAUCUUGUUAUGAUUUCUGGGAUAGAUUUAUACAAUAAACUGUGCAAUUUUUAGACUAUAAACUUGUGGCUUCUGAAAGGCAGAACAGAAAUGGCCCAAGAUGAUAAUGUUUAAUUAGACCAGUACUUCUCAAUUGGGGUGAGUCCCCUCCCUUGUCUGGUGACAUUUGGCAGUGUGUAGAGACACUUUUGAUUGUCGUGAUUUGGAGGGUGCUACUGUCAUCUAGUGGACAGAGGCCAGGGAUCCUGCCAAACAUCGUACAGUGGAGAGGUCAGCCCCCCACAGCGAAGAAUUACCCAGUCUAAACUAUCAAUAGUGUCAAGGUUGAGAAACCCUGGAUAAGACCAAAAGAGUGCUUUGAUUGCUCCAAACUGUCUUCACUUAAGAAUAGCUAUACAUGGGCGCCUGGGUGGCUCAGUUGGUUAAGCGACUGCCUUCGGCUCAGGUCAUGAUCCUGGAGUCCCGGGAUCGAGUCCCGCAUCAGGCUCCCUGCUCAGCGGGGGGUCUGCUUCUCCCUCUGACCCUCCUCCCUCUCAUGCUCUCUCUAUCUCAUUCUCUCUCUCAAAUAAAUAAAUAAAAUCUUUAAAAAAAAAAAAAGAAUAGCUAUACAUGCUCACAUCAUCUGAAAUACGACUACAAUUGAAUGAGAAUGGCUUCUUAGAGUAGAUUGCAGUUGGCAUUAUUUUAUAUUGACUCAUAGAUAAUGCCAUACGUAUUCCCUUUUUUAUGGUUAGACAGAUGUAUCUAAACUAGGAGUGUGACUGUCCUUGUAUGUGUGUGUACACAUGUGUGUUGUAGCAUAAAGUUAUGCAUAUCUAUCCUUAUUGAAAUAUGUGUGUUCCUAAGGGAGGAUCUCUCCAGAAUUAUCUUGCAGAGUAGACGUCUUACUACUAAGAAGUUGAAUUCUAAGCGCCUAUUAUUUUAUUCUGUUGAUCUGGAAUUGGGCCUCAUACUUUGCCAAAUUUGGUCAAUUACAUUUUAAUACUACUGACCCUUAAGAUUAGCUCAGAAGAUAUUCAGGUUAUGGUAGAUACACUCAGUAAGAAAAUAUUUCACUGCUUUCAAUGCAUCUGCCAAGAGAGGGCAUCACCCUCUAACAUCGGUCUCAUUUUUAAAUUGCUUUUUAUUGACAAAAAAUUAGCUU